AUGCCCCCUGCUGCCACUGAGAGUGCCGCGUCGAGCGCGAGCAAGACCGAGACGCCUACUCCUUACCUCACCACGAUGCCUGCUGACGACUUCAGCUGGCAAAUUACUCUGGCGCAAAAGGUUAUCGCAAUUACUGGUGCCAAUCGCGGAAUUGGCCUGGGCAUUGCCGAGGUGUGUCUCGCUAAUGCGGCCAAGAUGGUGUACUCUCUCGACUUGAUGGAGCCUGGAGAAGAGUUCGAGGCCCUGCAAAAUCGAUUCCCCAAUUUGAAAUACAUUCAGACCGAUGUCACCUCGGAGGAAAGUGUAGAAAAUGCCAUCAACAAGGUUGUGGAAGAGACUGGCCGCAUUGAUGGCUUGGUGGCCAAUGCUGGCAUGACCAAGCAUCAGCCUGCAUUGAAGUUCGAACGUGCUGAGCUGGAGAAGCUGUUCAAUCUCAAUGUCUUUGGUGCCUACUUCUGCGCUCAGAUUGCUGCUCGCAAGUUCAUUGAACUUGGAAUCAAGGGAUCUAUCGUGAUGACCUCGAGCAUGACUUCCUAUCGACCCAAUCGAGCCGCACCCUCUGCCCCGUAUGGUGCCACUAAAGCAGCUGUUCGUAACAUGUGCCACACUCUCGCCAUGGAAUGGAGCCAACAUGGUAUCCGUGUCAACAGUAUCUCGCCGGGCUUCGUCCGAACAGCCAUGACCUAUUACGUCGAGAAGUCUCCGGACUGGGAUCUGAAGAUGCAAUACUAUGGUGGCAUGCCUCGUCUGGCCGACCCUCGAGAGCUUGGCGGUGCCUACGUGUACUUGAUGAGCGACGCCAGCUCAUAUACCACGGGUAUUGACAUCCCUAUCGCGGGUAUUGUCGGCGCAUGGUAG